ACAGAUUGACAAUUUCUGAAGGUAACUGCUUUUUGCUGGUUACGUUUGAAUACUAUUGAUGUUAUUACUAAUAUCUUUGUCUUUUUAUUUGUUUUUCUUUGGAAAUGUAAGUGACUUGCUAAUAGUGCUUAGAAUCUGUUAUGCUGAUUCAGUGUUUUAAUUGUGCUAGUUAGACAGUAUAUAAUGUUAUGCAGCGGGAAAUAUUUUCAAAUCUAUCUAUAAAUGGGCAAAGAAAUUGAUCUGCACGGAACAAACCAGGAAUGAUGCCUCAAGAUGCUUGUUGGAAACAAAGUUGACAGAGGAAUCAUCAAGGACAUUCGAGAAUGCAAGUGCGGAAUAUGUGGUGAGGAAGAAGAGGACGCAAAGCAUUUGUUCUUGAGAUGUAACAUGGUCCGAUGGUUAUGGAUGGCUUGUGCAAAGUGGUGGGGAAUUAAAGUUACAUUGGAAGAGGACUGCUGGAACACCUCCCAAAUUCCUGAAAGAGAACAAAAAGAGAAAUGUAUUAGAGAUGGAUGCGAUUGCAUCUGGAAUUCUCUAGUGUGGACAGUGUGGCUGGCCCGUAAUCAAAAAACUUUCCAAGGCAAAGAGAUUAACCGGGAGAAGCUGUUGGAGCUCAUCCAAUUAAAGUCAUUCCACUGGAUCACAACAAAAAAAGAAAGGUUUGCCUUCACUUUAACGGACUGGUUUCUUAAUCCAGUUGCAUGCUUGAAAGAUUGCCGUGGGAAAAGAAGGGUACCAAAUGAAUAAUCUGUAGGAGGGGAGGGUAUUGUUGAUUUCUGGAAGGUUUGUCUAUGGUUUUUUGCUUCUGUGGUUUGAAUUACUGAAUAAUGGGGGCUCACAUAGGCUUUAUUGAGAAAUUAUUGACUGUAGUGGUUUUCAGCUAUAGUCAAUGCAUGAUCAAUGUAUUGUGGGUCAGAUGGGGGGUAACGGGCGAGGGUUUGUUGAUCUGAACAGGGAGAUAGGAUGAGAAGGCAAAAGAUGGCAGAAUCCUCGUUACGGGUAUAGUGUCGACACUUUUCUUGGGUGUCGACACCUUGUAUUAAGUUUUGAGGUUUAUGAGUUUGGAGUACCCCUUGUAUUUCAUUUUAUUAAUAAAUAAUAUUUUUUCUGUUCAAAAAAAAAAAAACAACCAGAAAAACUAUUAUUGUUACUCCAGAUUACUGCACAACCAUUUGUUAACAGACUCAGAUAAGGCGAAAUGCAGUCUCUGGUUGGAAUCUUGUUUCCAUCUUCUAUACUGAGCAUGACAUCUAGAUUGAUUGUUGGAUUGUUCUAGUUCAGGAAGCAGACAGCACAGUUUCAAUGGUCAUCAUGUGUCUGCCUUCCAUGUGGCGAAGACUUGGUAAAAU